UUUUAGGAUUCGCAUUCAUUCAGUUCUUCAUUUUUGAUAUGAUUCCACCGCAUUUCUAUAUUCUCCUUUAUUCCAUGUAAUUAAAAUGGAAUUCGUCUAAACUGUGUACUGUUAUUCCUCUGCACCGCUCAUCGCCAAUCUCCACUGGUCAUUGCUCCGUGUCCUCCUUCGCCUUUGGAAUUGCAACAAAUGUCGGCGAGAAGUUCGUUGGUCACUUGCCACUCGUGCAGGACGACGGAAUUAUUGAACUCCUUGUAGAAAUGCUCCGACGCCUACAUAUUUCGAAGCCUCAGUUUGCCAAAAAAGCGAUCAUCUGGUUGGAACACGGCGAUGAGGAGAGCAUUGCACCGAAUAUUCUCGAAACCGAAGGCGAAUCGAGUGGCGAGGAAAAUGUAGACAAUCCACUCAUCGCAAAAAAAUCCAUUCGGAAAAUCACACCGGCUCGAUCAUUCGAGAAAAAGAAGAAUCCCUUGCAGCCUUUGAACAUCAAAAAUGUGAAAAAAGUCAGGAAGAAUUCCUCGGAUUCCGUUUGCUCGAGUAAAAAGAGCGGAAAACAGGCUUCAGUGGACCAGGUUCCGCCGCUCCUGCAACGAGCUCUGUGUACGAAAAGCCGUUCUCCGAAAAAUUCGGAAAAUUUUCUAUAUCUCGAGAAUGCAGUAGGACGUGAACACCAAGCCCAUGUCGGACCAUUCAAAAAACUCCGAGGACGCGAUGAGGAGGAGGAUCGAGAUGAGAGAAUGUGGUGUCCGCCUGAUGAUGAUCAAAACUUGGACUACGACCUGCUCAAAAACGCGUACUGGAGAGCAAUUUGGCGCCAAUUCGAAAAUCAUAUUCCGAUGGAGGUUGCACUUCAAUGGUUGAUGAUCAACGACUAUUCAAUUGAGAAGAGCCUUGAUUCCAUUGAUCAAGUACUUCCAGAUCUUCCACGUGCUUUCCAGCCACUUCGUGUUGUGCAAAUUGAGCGGUUCAAAGAUGCUCUCAAGAAGAUGAAAAAAGGGCCAAUUUUGCGAGAAAUUCAGAAGAAUUGUAUGCCCAACUACAACCUCGACGAGAUCCAUCACUUCUGCCACGCAUUCCAACAUCACAUCAUGGAAAAAACCAGCAAAUCCUGCCACUGCAACGAGCCGCUCUGUGAGGACUUGGAGUUUCAACCUCGAUGGGCUUGUCAGAAUUGCAACAAAGCGUUGAAGUAUUACGAUCCAAUUCCCGACGAUACUAAGCUCUGUCUGAUCUGCUCUACUUAUCAAGGAAUUACUGGAAACACCCGUCCAUCGAAAGCCACUGUGUUCAGCAAGGAAGAAGCCAACAAGGUUAUUUCUUGGAAUACGCUGAUGCGAACAUCGUCGGGCUCACUGUCACGGGAAGAGUUUGAGAAGAUCUACGCAUUGAAGAGAUCUGAGCUCACAAAGGAAGAGAUCGAAAUUCUCGGACACAACGACAAUAUCAAUCGUCAUUUGGCUGUGGAGAAGCGUAUUUCUGCAAUGUCAACGUCUGAAAAGCUGAAGCCAUAUUCUAUCCCGCUUUUCCAAAAAUGCGGUUAUCAAAAUGGACAUCACAUGAUCGUUGAAGUUUGCCCAGGAGUAGCGGAAAAGCUCAAGACGAUGAUUGUUUCGGUGAAAAAUUCGAAAAAUUUCGAACGAGUUCAAAGACCAUAAAUCACAUAUCCUAUUGCAUUUUUUUCGGUUUAAAGUUACUUUGAAGGCGCAAACGUUAUCAAAAGACGAAGAUUUUAUGAAAAAAUUUUAAAAAUAAAUAAAAUAAAAAUAUUUUCGAAAUUCAGCAAAAAAUAAUGAUGCAAAAAUAAACCAUUCGCUACGAGACCCAUCGAAUUGCAAUGACGCUUGCGCCUUUGAAGUAACUGUAUGUUUCCCUUAUUUUUUUUAAUUCCAAAUCCCUGUACUUUGACUAUAAAUUUUUGUUGUUUUCUUACUUUGCACAUUUCUCAAUUCCCGAAGUUAUUUCGACAUUUUUAAUUGCUUUCCCUUUUUUAAAUUUAAACAUUCCCCCGGUUCUCACUUACAAAAGUGAUAUUCUGUUGAUA